AUGGAGGGUGACAGGCAUGAUUAUGAGGUAGAGGAAGGGUUCAAUCCUCUACUGUACGAAGGGGAACAACAAUAUCCACCCCCUCCUCCACUCGAGAAUGUGAAUCAACAAAGGCACCAAGAGCGCCCAAGGGAAGCUCGCCCUCGAGUGCACCCGCAAGUGCAAAAUCAACCGAGACAAACUUUGGGCGAGUUCUUCUUGCCGGAUGUGGAUAACGCCACGUUCGGAUGUUUCGCUAUGCCAGUUCAAGCGACAAUUUUUGAGAUCAAGCCUAGCACUAUACAACUUUUGGAGAACCGUCGUGCUUUCUACGGGUUGAAGCAUGAGGAUCCAAAUGCCCACAUAGCCAAGUUCUUGGUUGUUCUUAACACGUUCAAGCUUCAUGGGAUAACCGCGGACCAAAUCAAGCUCCGGAUGUUCCCAUUCUCCUUGAGGGAUAAAGCUAGUUUGUGGCUCCAAUCUCUACCCACUGAAUCGAUCCAUACUUGGCGGGAGUUAGCUCAAGCUUUUCUUAACAAGUACUUCCCACAUGGCAAGACAACAAAUCUCACCAAGGACAUUCGCGAGUUUGUGGAAUUCGACGGGGAGUCGCUCUAUGAAGCAUGGGAGCGUUUCAAGGAUUAUCAAAGAAGUGUCCCCCAUCAUAAGCUUAACAAGGAGCAUGUGAUUCAAAUUUCUUAUGAUGCAACGAAUGUCACUACUAGAGCUACUAUUGAUGCGGCUUCGGGUGGAUCUUUGAUGCAAAAGACGUAUGAAGAGGCUCUUGAGUUGGUAGAAAAGUUGGCCAUGGUUAGUAGCACAUGGGGGCCGAUAGAGAGAAGAGCACCGCCUAGUCAAAAGUCGGUAAUGACUCUCGAUCAAGUUAGAGAGAUGGAGGCUAUCAAAGCAACAAAUGCUUCACUCCAAGCACAUGUGGAUGCUUUGAAGAAACAAGUUGCUCCAAGAAAUGCUCCGGUGGCUUAUGUCCAAGUAGGAUGCGAGUUUUGUGGGGAUUUCAACCACUCCGGGGGCGAAUGCCUAGUUACGGGGCAAAGUAUGAGUGAGCAAGUUAACUACAUCGCGGGUCAAAGGCAAGCUAAUGAUCCCUAUUCUAACACUUAUAAUCCCGGAUGGAGGAACCAUCCAAAUUUUGGGUGGAGAAACAAUGAAGGCCAAUGUAGUGCUCAAGCUCUUCCACAAGCGGGACCAAGUUUCCAAGGUGGAAAUAGACCUCCACAAAAACAAGGGAAUUACCAUCACAAUCAAGGCCAUGGUAACAAUUCAGGUGCUAGACCUCAACAUCCUCCCGGUUUUCAACCCCAAAGAAAUGUGGAAGAGGGUAAUAUGCUUGCUAAGUUGAUGGAGGAGCUUAGAGAGAUGAAGCUUGAAAAUAGGCAACUUCAAAAGAACCAAGCCGCCACAAACGAAAUCCUUGAGACUCAAAUCUCCCAACUUGGCCUAGCACUUCAAGGAAGACCUCAAGGGGGAUUGCCAUCCACUACGGAAAACAAUCCUAGAGAGCAUGUGAAAGCCAUCAAAAUUGUGGAACUUAACGCGGUUGAGCUUAGGAGUGGCAAGAACCUUGAAAAGCUAAUGGCAAGAGGCAUAUACUCUAGUCAAGAACUACCUAAGGAUCGUGAGGAGGUGGCCAUUGAUGUUGAAGACCCGUAUGUUAGACCACCACCGCCUCCACCUUUUGUGCCAAAGGUUCCAUUCCCAAGCCGGUUAAGAAAAGCUCCGGACAAUGAAAAAUUCCAUAAGUUCCUUGAAAUAUUUAAGAAAAUUCAAAUCCACUUGAGCUUAGCGGAAUGCUUUGAGAGAGAUGCCCCAAUACGCUAA